CCUCCCUCCUUCACUCCCCUCCCUUUCUUUCUUUGCUCUUUCUCUCUCUCUUUCACCCUACAGACAAGAUGAUGUUGAAUCUAAUACUGGCUGCUAUACAGUCAAUUCUGCAGGUGAUGGUGAUUGUAUUCUUCGGGUUUGUCCUGACUCGCACUGGAUAUUUUACAACCGAUAAACAAAAAUGGCUGUCUCGACUCAACAUGGUCUUCUUCACCCCUUGCCUAUUAUUCUCCAACAUUGCAUCCGUCAUAUCCUUCGAGCAACUGCUCGCCUACUGGCCAAUUCCUGUCUUUUACAUCUGUUUUGCCGGCUUGUCAUUUGCCUGUGCACACAUCGUUGCUCGUAUGCUACGCCUUGAUGCUGCAUAUCGCAGAUUCGUACUUGCAUGCGUCAUGUUUUCAAAUACAAACUCGCUCCCUAUCGCUGUCAUUUCGAGUCUGGCCGUCUCCGAAGCCGGCAAGGUUUUAUUUUGGGAUGCAGAUGAUACCCAGCAAGCGGUCGCUGCACGAGGCAUCUCGUAUGCGUUAUUCUACGCCAUCUUUGGAAACCUGUUACGGUGGUCGUAUGGCUAUAGUCUACUACAACUCUCGGACAGUGACGAUAUGUCCACUGUGGCCGACUAUUCCAAUCGAGACAAUCUUCCACAGCUCGAAUAUGGCACUGUUGUAAAUCCCAAUCACAGCAAGCAUAACCAUCACUACUUUUCAUCAGAAACACUAGCAUCUUGUUCAUCUUUAUCAUCAGCUGCAUCCUCAAUCAAUUCAUCAACAAACACGGAUACACGGCGCACCAGUUCUGUCACAUUGGAAGGUAGCAAUUAUCACCAACAAGGCGAUCAUUUGACCAACGAUAAUGAUUCUAUUGGAACACCACAACAACAAAAGCAACGACAUGCCGAUGAAUCGACUCGAUUGUUAUCUUCAUUCCCGACCUUGCCAAGCGAUGUCGAGGCAGCAGUCCCGCCCGAUACCACAGGAGCAGCUACAAACAAGACCAACAAGUACAUUGCUCGUAUCCGUCAAGUGAUCGUGGCCGUAGCAGCACACAUCAACAAGUACAUGACGCCCCCUUUAUAUGCAGCUACGCUUGCAUUAAUUGUGGGUCUGAUUCCACCCUUCAAGCGACUGCUGUUCGAUCCAUCCAGUUUCCUCUAUCCAUCCUUGACCUCAGCCAUACAAUCGUGUGGCAAGGCUGCUGUGCCCUUGAUCUUGGUAUGUCUGGGUGCUCAGCUGACUGAUAUCUAUCAAUCUCCAUCACACGACGACGAUGAUGAUGAUGAUGAUGAUAACAAUAACGAGCAGCAUCAAGUCGAUAAUAAGCCGGUCUUUGCAGCCAUUGCUACGCGAAUGCUAUUGAUGCCCCUUUUGGUCAUUCCGAUUGUUCUGACAUUUGUGGCCUAUGGCGUCGAUCAAUUGUCUGCACGUAUCGCUUCGGAUCCGGUGUUUAGCGUCAUGAUGAUCAUUUUGGGAUGCACGCCAACGGCGAUCAACCUUGUGCAGAUCUCGCAGGUCACUGGUGCCUUUGAAAACGAAAUGUUGCGAGUCUUGUUCUGGAGCUAUGGCGUUGUUUGUGUGCCUGUGUUCACCCUCAUUGUCUUUCUCGCCCUUAACAUUGUGGAUAAGUUUGUCUAAGUAUAUAGAUUUUCCUUGCUCUUUCUCUCUCGCCCAUUUUUAUAUAUAUACACAUAGUGCGUCGUAUAGUAUACCCCCUCUUUUACUCAUCCG